GGCCGGCGGGGGGUGGCGCCAUCUUGGACGGAGGCGGAGAGCGGGGCGGCGGCGGCGGCGGCGGCGGCAGGGGCUGCUGAGCUGCCAUGGGGAACACCACGAGCGAGCGUGUGUCUGGGGAGCGCCAUGGCUCCAAGUCCCACCGCUCCGACGGCUCCGGUGCCGCCCACCCCGCCAAGGAGCACCCGCACAAGAUCAUGGUGGGCAGCACCGACGACCCCAGCGUUUUCAGCUCCCACGACUCCAAGAUUCCUGGGGACAAGGAGUUUGUGUCAUGGCAGCCAGAUCUGGAGGAGUCAGUGAAACCAUCCCAGCAAGCUCGUCCGACUGUCAUACGCUGGGCUGAUGGAGGCAAGGAGGUCUUCAUCUCCGGAUCCUUCAACAACUGGAGCACCAAGAUCCCACUCAUCAAGAGCCACAAUGACUUCGUUGCUAUCCUGGACCUUCCAGAAGGAGAGCACCAGUACAAAUUUUUUGUGGAUGGCCAGUGGGUCCAUGAUCCAUCUGAGCCUGUGGUUACCAGCCAGAUGGGGACGAUAAACAACCUCAUCCACGUCAAGAAGUCUGACUUUGAGGUGUUUGAUGCAUUGAAGGUGGAUUCCCUGGAAAGCUCAGAAACCUCAGGUCGGGAUUUGUCCAGCUCCCCACCGGGACCUUAUGGCCAAGAGAUGUAUGUAUACCGGCCCGAGGAGCGCUUCAAAUCCCCACCCAUCCUUCCACCUCACCUCCUCCAGGUCAUCCUCAACAAGGACACCAAUAUCUCGUGUGACCCAGCACUGCUGCCUGAGCCCAACCACGUCAUGCUCAAUCACCUCUACGCACUCUCCAUCAAGGACGGCGUGAUGGUGCUCAGUGCCACGCACCGCUACAAGAAGAAGUACGUCACCACGCUGCUGUACAAGCCCAUCUGAGCCAGGGCCUCACACACUCCCCACGCAGGACACGCCGCUUGUCUGCACACGCUGGGCCACGGGACUGUGUGGCAACUGGCCACUGGCUCCAGCCUCCAACCCGGCAGGGACACAGGCCCCAGCAACAAGCUCAGGGCCGCUGGGGCCUGUGACGCUGUCCCAUCCUACUGGCGUGGUUUAGCCCUUGGUUUCCACCCACCUGCAGCUUCCCUUGGCUUCUGUGAGUCUCUGGGACCACUUUGCUGCUCACCAGAACAGCCCCUCCUCACGCCCAACACGGAAAGGGCUUCACCCUGACUGUCUUCUCCAGCCUGCAAGGGCCUCAAGGUGGUCCUGGCACUGCAUCUGCUCCAGGCUCCAGGAACACAUCCUGUCCUUCUGAAGGUUGCACUGCUGCCCUGGUGACGAGUCUCCAAGGCCACUUUGUCUGCUAGGGGCUCUGACACUCCAGCCUAGCAUCUGCCCCUGUCCCACAGCCCUGCCUGUGGGGCUGCCCCCAGCUUUGAGGGGGGCUCUGCAGCCCCAGCCCUCUGCGAGGUUCAGCAUCGAGCCAGCAUGAUGGACGGUACUGCUGGACACAGCCACUCUUACCUGCUGCUGUGAGAGCACCACAAGGACUGCAUCACCCUGUCCCCAACAUCAGCUACUUCUGUGGGACACAGCUGACUUUGUCACAGCCAGAGGGGCACCAGGCCAUGCCCAUGCUGGAGGGGCCUGGGAAGAGCAAAGUCGGGCAGGCACUCCAGGACCCCAGCUGCACUGCCUGCUGCCACAGCAGUGCCAGGGGACAGGGGUUCUCUAUUUAUUACAGUAUUUAUUGUUCUCGGU